UCACUUACUUUCAUACAUGUCCGUUCCGCACACACCUGUACGUGGCCACGCCCACUGGUUAUCCAAUCCCCUUUUAGCUAGCUAACCUACGUUACCACAGUAAUAAAGGUACCGUAAAUGCUCUGGAUGAUCAUGUUUAUUUUUGUCACAUGACAGAUUGACUAUGUUUUUAUCGGUCUACUUUCAGAGAUUUAGCCAGACUCCCUAUACCACUUAUAUUCAUUCUAAAGGGAGGGAUAUCUGCCGGGGAUUUCUGAUUCAAAUUGAGCUUCGCUAGGACGGUAACAAUUUUUCUCAGGCUCACGGUUCUUCAAUUAACGAUCGGCAUCAGCACACCACGACCUCACUGCCGAGUGCUCUGGCGGAGAUUUCUGCAGCAUGGAAGUCUUUGAAUCGUACUGGAAUGUUACCGGAGAGACUGACGUAAACAAUACAUGUCUCAAUUCAAGAUACACAACAUCAGAAUGGGUCUCUAUCUCUCUGCCAAUUGCUUUGGUCAUCAUAAUUUUCUUCUCGUUUUUACAACGGCGAAAGAAGUUGGCUCUUGGAUGUCUAUAUGGAAGACCAGGAACUGUAUAUCCUGUAGAUGUGCUGGAUACGUACACGGAGCGGACAACAUUUGCCCUGGCAUUCUGUGUGUGUUGUAUUAGCAUUUUGGAUCUGUUUGUUGGCAACUAUUACUUCAGCGUUGAUACAACACAUCUGCCAAGUAUGGUACAAGGAGCUGUAUGGACUCUCUUUGGCGUUGUCAACGUGAUUAUCGUUGGAAUCAUCCACUACCCUCUUUUGCUUUGUCUAACUGUUCGACAUAAACUCUAUGGCAACAUUGUUGGACUUUUGUAUUCAUUAUUUUGGAGUUUCUUUUACUACAUUGGCUUUGUGGAUUGUUUAUCGGGGGGAGACUGGUUGACACCUGAAAACUUUGUACGCAACCUGGCUAUCUUCCCAAUCAACAUCUGCUAUGUCUAUCUAAACAUUAGGUUUCUCUUUGGUAUCUUUUACUACCUUCACAUCUGUAAGAAAAGCUCCAAGAAAUGUCUUGAGAAUAACAAUAAUAGGGAGGCCUCAACGCAGGAUAUGUAUUUUGAGAAGACCCAUUUUUACAAGCGAGUCACUUAUCUUCUUCAACCUUCCCACAAACAAGAAAGCUUCCAUCCAUCCCGCUACCUGCUGCUUUGGAGGAAAUUAUAUCCUUCGUAUCCAGGUUUCAAGUAUUCACGACGUAUUGUUUGCACGUUAACUUUGAGUUUACUCUGCCUUUAUGAGUUUGGCCUGUUUUACACCAUAAAGUUCUCAGCAUUGAUGAUUGAUCUGAAAGAUGUAUUUUUGCUGGAUGAAAAUGGACCCCUGUUUCUUGCCAUUGAUGCUGCCAAUAUAUCAUCAGCCUACAUCAAUACAAAGGAAUUCAUAGUUACACUAGCAGAUACUUUGAUGCCAACGUCUGUGAUAUGUUUGAUUUUUAUGGGAGCGUCCACCUUCCAUGCCCUUGUACAUUAUAGGGAUGAUACAGUGAGGAUAUGGGGAGGAGACAGGUCGUCUUUCCCAGUUCAAGCAUAUUCGUAUUCUAAAAAAGUGGUUGCCAAUCUGACUUACUCUGGAUAUCAAAUAGCAUAUUGCAUAUGGGGAUAUAUUUUUCUCCAUCUCGUCCUGUGGUUGGCAGUGGUGUUUGUCUGGUACUUUAUACUCGGUCCCUUGAUCAACAACACGAGGAGGGAUAAUAUCGUUCUUCAACUCCUUCGAGACUAUUGGUUAGGCUUUGUCAUCACCUAUGUCAUUUACUACAGCCAAAUCUUGGUAUCUAGACUCUUCUUCUUGCAGAAAUAUGGCAAAAACUUUGGGAUCAAUAACAGGCGUUCUUACCACAACAUGGUGUACUUCACAUUGUUUCUGAAUGUCCUUGUUGGGCUUGCAUCAUGCCUUCUACGAAUGCUCAAAGCUCUUUUGUUUGGUAUCUUCCUGUUGGGACGUGUGGAUUACUGCCUCAUGUACCCUGGACUGGAGUUCUUUGAUAAAGGUUACAGAUCUUAUGUUGGAUUCUUAGAGUUGGAGGUGAUCCACACUCAUCCUGUCAUUGUUACCUUCUGCCAUUGUCUCUGGCAGGUUGCUCAUACAGAGGGAGAUCGCAGAGAUAGGCUAAAGAGGACUGGGGAUGAACAAGAGGAAUCGGAAAGAAAGCGUAGGAAGGUGAUACGGAACAAGUGGCAGCUGGGAUACACCCUUGUGAGGAACCCUGUCCUUCUCCAGGACAGACUGUCCAACCUCAUCGGGAUUCCAGAAGUACGAGACAUUGGCAACCAGAAUGGCGGAUUCACCAUUGAGAUGGGGAGGAUAGAGGGGACCACAAGUCCAGUAUGUUCCUCAGAAGAGUAUCAAGCAAUUGAGAUGAAGGCACCAAACAUGGCAAGAGGACUUUACCAGGCGAGGCAAGAUUUAGUGACCAUGAAGGUUGAAGGCUGCCUUGAUGAAUCAAGCGUCCAGAAUUCACAAGGCAAGGAUGUCUUUCCACAGGACUGUUCAUCUGCAGAAAGGAAUCACAAGGAGUCCAGAGACAAUGUUGAGAAUGUUGUUCCUGCAUCCAAUGGAAAUCUAGAGCCAACUUUAGGUAAAGGACAACUUGCGACUAUUGUCGACCAAGGGCAAAGCUCACCGUGUACAAGCCAUGGUGUACAUGAUGGGAAUGUUAACAUUGUUAACCCCAAUGAUUCAAGAAACGUUAAUGAGCCAUCCAGGAUUACAGUUGAUGAGGGGAUUGGGACACUUGAUAGUGACAUCACUGGUACAAGUAUUUCCAGUCAAGUUACAAGGCUGCACCAACAGUCUGACCAUACUGAAGCAACAGAACUGCCUGUUGAUCAGAACAAUGACAAAAAUGAAGGCUUGGAAACUGGAGCUCUGCCAGACAGAUCUGAUGAAGAUGAAGAGAUGGAGAAUGAUUUUCUGGAGAGCAGUCAGCUCAGUGUCUUCAGCAACCAAAGCUUUGAGGAACUCCUCAAAUCCAGUCUUGAUCCUGGCCACAUUGCAGACUGCAGAGAGCAAGGUGUUGAUCUUGUCAGCUAUGUGGAGGAAGAGAUGUGGAAGAAUUUGCUUCAUGAAGGAAGGUCAACCCUCAAGAGGGCCAAGCAGGAGGAAAGGGGGGACUCUGUGGUAGAGGAGGAUGGGGAUAGAACAUAUGAUGCUCAAGUGGUUAAGGUCUAGGACUACAGGAAGGACAGCAUGCUGAGGUGAACAGCACAGAAAACUAGAGUGAACCUGGUGGUCAAGAUCUUGGUAGCAUCAGUGUGAUCAUAUAUAAAGAUGGUAACACAGAAGAUGUAAAUUCUUGGCUAUAAGCUUGCUUGGAAAAUAUUGCCACAUAGUCUCUUUUACAAAAGGCCAGUCAGUGUC